UGCUUCCUGUGAGGACCGACUUCGAUGAGGAACUCUGUUAAAACGAGCAGCCUCACAGAUCCCUCUGAGAGAAAGUUGCAGGUCAGACGAGCAGGCAAGAUGAGAGCUCGAGGAGCUAACGGAACGACCGAGCAAACGCAAAAUGCCAAUCAACAGCUGGACUACAACCAAAGCCACAUCCAACAGUUCCUCAUUGCUGGGGGAGAGCUGGGACUCAAACACUUCUACACAGAGCUCUCUGUUCUCCUCCUGGUGGUCUACCUUCUAGUGCUCAUUGGUAACUUUAUGGUUUUCUUUGCAGUGGUGCUGGAGACCAAACUGCACACACCCAUGUACAUUUUCCUCAGCAGUCUCUCUCUAACAGAUAUCAUCAUCACAACCAGCGUUCUCCCCAAGAUGAUAUCGGUGUGCCUACUGAAUGAUAUUGCCAUUUCUUUCUCCGGCUGCUUCUUGCAGCAGAUCACCUAUUUGACAUUUCAGGUUACUGAGAGCAUUUUGCUUCUUUUAAUGUGCUAUGACCGCUAUGUGGCAAUUUGCAAUCCUCUACGCUACAAUGAUAUCAUCAAUCCCCGGAUGUGUGUUCUACUCUCAGUCUUUGCUUGCAUUGUUGGAUUUUUAGUGAUGCUUCCACUUACAACGUAUGCAUCAAGGUUAACUUAUUGUGGGAACCACAUCAUGUUCUGGUUUUGUGAUUUCCCUACAGUUAUCGCACUGUCCUGUUUGGACACAACAAUCAUGCUGUUCACAGCUCUAUCGAUUGCUUUACUACUCACUGUAUAG